GAAGUCGGAACAAAUAAUAAAUAAAAGACUUUUGAUCAUAAAACAUAAAUCAUAAUUUGUGCCCUAUCAUACGUAUUAAAGUGUUAUUAUAAAAAUAUAUUAAAAUUAAUAACCAAAAUUACUCAAAAAAAAAACCAGGUGGUACAAUUUAUUGUUCUAAUUGUUUAAUAAUAUUAAAGUAUAUACUGAAAAUAAGAUUCGAUGUAUUUAAACGGUCGUUAUGAUGAACUUGAACCACGUCCUGUUCCCAAACCAACACAGUUUCAAGAAAUAAUAGCGAAACCUGAGGUUCCAGAAUUAUCAUUGGUUUUUGAUUCCGAUAAUAACUCAAAAGGCUCGCAUAAAAGUCCAUCGACAAUCACCAGUCGAAAAACCCAAGAAACGUAUAAUGAAUGGAAAUGUCGUCAGAAUCGUUCACCGGUGCGUAGAGAAAAUCAUUAUUAUGAGCCCCGUGAAAAGCCUUAUUCUUCUACGUCAUCUUACGAUUAUGAUCAUUACACUUACAAUCGUUUCUCAGAUAACCAAAGGUCUUCCUAUAAAUCUGAAAGUGAAUGCCACAAAUGUUCUUGUCAAAACACUCCAACGGUAAAAGAUAUAUACUCUAUGAUGCAGAUGCAAAAUGAUCAGAUGAAAUUCUUAUUGGAAACUAUACAAAAAUUGUUAGUAACUGUUUUGGCUAAUCAACAAACUUCACAUAAAUGUUGCUGCUCUGAACGAGAAAAUUGUAAAAAAGAUAUUAGUAUUUAUAAAGAUAACUUUAUGCCUAACAAAAAUUUAAAUCAAAGUGAAACCUCUUCAAAUAAAUAUAAUGAAAUUCAAGUUCAAGAGAAACCACAUGUUUUUAAAACAAAUGAUAAUAAUCUGAAACCUAACAUAACAGAAAAUGGUUCAAAACAAUAUACUAGUAAAUCUAGUAAUAAAGCUAGUAAACAAGAUGAAAAUACUAAAAACCCUAAAGACCUUAAAAGUGAUGACCCGCAUCUUAAAAAAGACUCGAAAAAAGAAAAAAUAGAAAAGGCAUAUUCUAUUCAUAGUGAUGAAUCAUUCGAGUUAAAUGAAAAUGAUGUUCAAGUAGUUGAAGCACCAAUAUCACCAGAACAAUCAAUUCAUAUUGAAAUGAAAUCGUCAUCGUCUGAUGAUGAUUGUAGCAAUAGUGAAAAUGAAGAUGAAAACGAGAAAAAGAUUGAAGUUGGAUGGACAAUGUACAAUAACAUUCUUGGACAAGUGAACGACCUGCUGAAAGAUAAAAAUGAACCGAAGUCAGAUGCCGUCAAACCAGUAGAACAUGUCCAACCUCCUAUAAUAACUAAACCAAUGAAUUUUGAAUCGUACAAACAUUUUAUGUUGCCCAAAAAUGGUGAAAUUGACUCCAGUUUACAAAUGCAAGCAUUAGCAAUGCAAUACUUAUCACCCGAACAAGCUGUGAAAUUUGAUAUAAAUCAGCAUUUAGUACCUGCAACACAACCAAAUUUGAAGUCUGCCAAUAACUUUUCUUUUGCAACAUUACAAUACAUGGAAAGAUAUCAGUUAAUCAACCCACAGAACAAUUACACGCCAGUGAUCCAUAAGUUAUCUUCGGGAUCUUCAAACAAAAAAAAAAAAUCUUCACGGAAGAACAAAGCUCAGUCAAAAAUACUUAAUGUUACAGAGCUUAAACAACAACCAAAAUUAUUAUAAAAACAAUUUUGAUGCGUUUUCAUAAAUUAAAUUUUUUUAUAGAUAUAUAUAUAUACUUAAAUGUUAAACCUACAUAUUAUGUUACAAUUUAAUAUUUAAUGGCUCAUAUUUUAUUAAUUAUAAGAUCCACAUUGUUAUCACUAUUGAAUAACUAAUACCUAUCAUAUAAUUACUUUAUAU